UAGUGAAACUCCGGCGGUGUCAGCACUUCUGAACCUGAUAUAAACUGCCGCCUCGUUCAUUUCACCCUCUUCUGUCUGCCAAACCGUUCACCUGAACCCACCAACAACCACUGCCUCCUCCAUAACAAAACAAAAAUGACCACCGCUGCUCAGCCUAUCUUCUCAAAGGGGGAGGACUGCAAGGCCUCCUGGCAUGACGCUAACGCCGGAUACAAUGAAACCGACACACACCUGGAGAUCAUGGGCAAACCCGUGAUGGAACGUUGGGAGACCCCGUACAUGCACUCCCUGGCGACCGUUGCGGCCUCAAAAGGCGGUCGGGUUCUGGAGAUCGGUUUCGGCAUGGCCAUUGCCGCCACUAAACUCGAGUCUUUCCCCAUCGAGGAGCACUGGAUCAUCGAGUGCAACGACGGUGUCUUUGCCAGACUGGAGAACUGGGCCAAGUCUCAGCCCCAUAAGGUCGUCCCUCUGAAGGGUCUUUGGGAAGACGUUGUUCCCACCCUGCCAGACAACCACUUUGAUGGUAAGAAAUCAAACCAGAUUUAGGUGAAAUCUGAUUACAUUGGGGGCAAGACACUGCAGGUGAAUAGGGGUCACGCUCACAGGAUGCUGAAGCCCGGAGGAGUCCUCACCUACUGCAACCUGACCUCCUGGGGCGAGCUGCUCAAGUCCAAAUACGACAACAUUGAGAAGAUGUUUGAGGAGACCCAGGUGCCUCAUCUACUCCAAGCUGGCUUCAAGAAGGAGAAGAUUAGCACCACCACCAUGGACAUUGUACCACCCACUGAAUGCAAAUACUAUUCUUUCAAUAAGAUGAUCACUCCCACCAUCAUCAAAGAGUAAAAUCUGAAGAAACAGCUGCAACCUUUUUUUUUUACUCUAAAGUUCCCUUCCUGAUUUCACACAUUUCAAUAAAACCAAGUCCAUCCAAACUCA